AUGGCACCAGCAAUAACGCCCUUCCACCCCGCUUCACUCGAAACUGCAACAAAAUCUCUCCCUACUGGCAAGACCCGCAAACCCUCCAACCAGCAAGAAUUGCAGCAGUGCAAGUUGAUGGAGAUUAUGCAAUUCGAUUGCAAUGUGGUGCAACACAAGAAACACAAGAAUGGGAUAGUGGUGUGUGAGCCUAUCCAGAGGGUGUUUAGAAGGAAAAUUUNAGGUGUAAAGACGGUCUCACAGUUGAGACGACGGCUUGGGAGAUGGAUGUUUGAUGCGUAG